AAACUUGGAGCUUGCUUUUGGAGCAGUAAGGUCCCCAAAUCGGUGACAUUAAAUUGCCAGUCUUUACGCAUCGCCCAGCGGAAGAGGACAUAUUUUUGCCGGCUUUAUCGAGAUAGCUUCAUACAUUCAAGUAGAAUAUCAUCAAAGAUGAAUCUUGUUCUAUACAAACUAUUGAUCCUAGUCGUACUCUGUGAAGCUGCGAUUGCCGCUGACGUGAUUACUGGCACUGUUUACUUUACCGUGUUUAACCGGCAAGAAAAAAAUUGGGUCAAACUAACCGACAACAACAGCGAUUUCGAAGCAAAUGGGUGCAGCCCCAAGGAACCGUUUGCCAUUAUAGUUCAUGGUUGGCGCGAGGGGUCCUACACGGAGUGGAUCACAGAUAUGAAGAGCAACAUGACGACCUAUCGGAGCGGGUGUGUCAUGUUUAUGAGUUACGCUAACGACAACCGAAACAUAGACUAUUUCGGUGAAUUGCUGCCAUACUUCAGCUACUUGGCUAAUAAUUUGACCGAUCACCUGAGGAGACUGGAAUCGAUGGGAUUUGAUCCAGCAGCCGGAUUCAUUUUCGGCUUUAGCUUCGGAGCCCAACUUGCAUUCGAGGCUGGGAGAAGAUUCGGGUUUAAGAAACUUGCACGGAUUGAUGCAUGUGAACCAGCGGGACCGGGAUUCGACGGUGACAGCGAUUAUUCACUGUUGGAUCCGAAACAGGCAGCGAAAGGGGUACAAUGUAUUCAUACCAGUUCAAAUCUUGGAACCCAUCGGCGAUCUUGUCAGACCAACUGGAAUAUGGGCAAGUGCGGAAAGGAGCAGGUGGCCGCAGGACCAUUUCCGAAAGGCUCGCAUGGAUUGUGUCCAUUUUUUUACAACAGUGCUUUCACUCACAACUUUUAUGCAGUCCCGAUGCCGAAGGGUUGUACUUCCAGCCGUUAUACCGGAUGCUGGCCACGUGGAUAUAAGAUGGGCUAUUUUAGCGAUAUGAACAGUGACAUUCAAGGGGAGUUCUUUUCGCCGACUACAAAAUUCUAUCCGUACAACGAUGACACUGUGCUGAAUGAAAUCUAAUUGGUUGGAUGGUAUGAGUUUGAAAAGUAGAGAUUACAAAGGAGAAAUAUUUACUUAGCACUGCAAGAAUGCCAUUGAGUAAAAUAGAUUUUAGGAGAUAAUUGUAGGCACAAUGCUAGUUAAUGGGCUCCCUGGAAAUGUUUUAGCCUUAGUUUGAAAGUCAGUCUUAAUUUGACUAUAAUGAAAUAUAUUUAUUUUUAUUUGUUGCAUAUUGUCACACAAAAUACAUCAUGAAUUUUAAAUAAAAUUCUUUUUCAGUAACGACAGUAAUGACUA